CUCCAUAUAAUCAGCGCGCGCAACGCACUUGCGGACGCAUCGCAUCGACCAACCCCAGCUCCAUGCAUUAAACCACAACAACCCAACCCCCACCACCACCACCACCACCACCACCACCACCCAGGCAACAGCAAGAAUGACCUCGUCCCCAACCAGCCGCAACGCCAUCGACCUCCUCACCAGCCUGGCCGGAAUCAUCACCACCAUCGCCACCAACCUGCACGCCAACCGGCUCGACCGCGCGGGGCUCCGCGCCACGCUCAAGGAGUACGCCGCGCGCGCCGAGUCGGACGCCAAUCUGAUCAACGCCUCGCGGCAGUCGCAGCGCUGCGUCGAGCACGGCCUGCUGCUCGCCUACGUGCACAUGGAGUUCGUCGCCACCCUGCUGCGCUACAACCUGACCGUCCCCGCCACGGCCGUGAAGUGGUACAGCGUGCGCUCGCUGCGGAAGCGCCACCGCCUGUCCCUGUUCGGGAUCCCCGCGCAGGCGCGCGACCUGCGCGCCCAGCUGGAGAAUAUCCAGAAUAAGGCCGAGCUGCUGUAUGCGGAUUUCGCGGAGAGUGGGGUGCAAAUCCCCGAGACGCCGAUUCUGUAUCGCAAGGUUACGGCUUGUGAGCCGGUUGGGGCGCCGCCGGAAGCGAUUCAUGAUCUCCUCCGUCGCGGGACCCUUGCUGAGCAGGAGUUGAGUGGGAAGAUUCCGCCUUGAGGGGUGUGAGGAUACCAGGUUGUGGACGUAAGCAUUAU